AUGACUGACUUACCUGUGGUACGAGAAUUGUCGCAUGAAAUCUCGAACCCAGAUUGUUUCAACGAUCAGGAACCAACUGAACGAGAACUUGGACUGGAGGGGCUAGCUUUGAAAGAUGCGACGAAUGAUGACGAAGAUGAUCAUAUCCAAAGUGUGCCUACCAAUUUUUCUUUCCAUGAAAACAAAUCGCUCUUCGAACAAGACAGCAAGAAAAUCGCGUUAGAGCAUGUUCAACACCAGUCUGGUUCAGCAUCCGUAGCUGCUUCGCCCACGACAGGACGCCGGCUCUCUACUAUUGCGCAGAUUGCCGUGCCAGAGCCUCCGUCGCUGCAGUUUCUUCAGGACCAAACCCAGCAAAACGACAGACAUGUUUCGGCCCAAUACAAGAUGGGCAUGGUGUUGGAUGAGGACCAACAAUUUUUGGACGUGCCUUCGGCCGAGUUGGUUGAUUUGUAUGCCAAAGUACAUGACUGCCGAAACCUUAGACACAAAUACCAAACGCUUUCGUUGCAACAGAACGCUCAACAAAAUCCAAAAAAUCAAAAAGGCUGGAAGAUUUAUCCAGGUCCACCUAAACCUUCGUACAAUUCCGAGACCAAGACGGUGAAAAAGGUUGACAACAAACCCGACUCGGAAGUGUUUGGCUUCUCGCAGGUGGAAAUCCCUGGCGAGGACACAGAUUGGGAUUUUAAAGCCAACGACGACGACGUAUACGUGGUGUCGUCCACUGAAAAUCCAAGUAAAAGUCUCACAGAAGUUCCAACGUUGCGUCAAUAUUAUAAGGAUUUGGACGCUCUGGUCACUAUAUCGUCUGACGGACCUGCCAAGUCUUUUGCUUUCAGAAGACUUCAAUACUUGGAAGCUCGAUGGAAUCUAUAUUCUUUGCUCAAUGAGUACCAGGAGACUGCGGUAUCCAAGAAAAAUCCCCACAGAGACUUCUAUAACGUGCGUAAAGUGGACACUCACGUCCAUCACUCGGCUUGCAUGAAUCAAAAACAUUUGCUCCGCUUUAUCAAGUACAAAUUAAGACAUUCUGGUGAAGAGAAAGUGAUUUUCAGGGAUAACAAACUUUUAACGCUGGACGAGGUUUUUGAAUCUUUAAAUUUGUCGGGAUACGAUUUAUCCAUUGACACUUUGGAUAUGCAUGCUCACAAGGAUACUUUCCACAGAUUUGACAAGUUCAAUCUCAAAUACAACCCCAUUGGUGAGUCGCGUCUGAGAGAAAUCUUUCUCAAGACCGACAAUUACAUCAGAGGUACUUAUCUCGCAGAUAUUACUAAACAGGUUAUUGCCGAUUUGGAAAAUUCGAAGUAUCAGAUGUGUGAAUACAGAAUAUCCAUAUAUGGCCGUUCUCUUGACGAAUGGGACAAAUUAGCCGCAUGGGUAGUCGACAAUAAAGUUAUUUCGCACAACGUUAGGUGGCUAGUACAAGUGCCCAGGCUUUAUGACAUCUACAAAAAAACAGGACUCGUAACAAAUUUCAACGAUAUCACAAGAAAUUUGUUUCAACCACUUUUCGAAGUCACAAAGAACCCACAAUCUCAUCCUAAGUUACACGUUUUUCUACAGAGAGUGAUUGGAUUCGAUUCAGUUGACGACGAAUCCAAAGUUGAUCGCCGAUUCCAUCAGAAGUACCCUAAACCAUCAUUGUGGGAGGCUGCACAGAACCCUCCUUACUCUUAUUACUUAUACUACUUGUAUUCGAGUAUGGCAUCUCUAAACCAAUGGAGAGCCAAACGUGGAUUCAACACAUUCGUUUUGAGGCCUCAUUGUGGUGAGGCAGGUGAUCCAGAACAUCUCAUCUCUGCUUACUUAUUGGCACAAGGAAUUUCUCAUGGUAUCUUGCUCAGAAAAGUUCCAUUUGUCCAAUACUUGUACUAUUUGGACCAAGUAGGGAUAGCAAUGUCUCCCUUAUCAAACAACGCAUUAUUCUUGACGUACGAUAAGAAUCCACUACCAUAUUAUUUCAAGAGAGGGCUCAAUGUCUCUUUAUCGACCGAUGACCCUCUACAGUUCUCGUACACCAGAGAGCCAUUGAUUGAGGAGUAUUCCGUUGCUGCUCAGAUAUACAAACUUUCCAACGUUGAUAUGUGUGAACUGGCUAGAAAUUCCGUUAUACAAAGUGGUUGGGAAUCUAAAAUCAAAAGGCACUGGAUUGGCAAGGACUUUGAACUAGAGGGAAUUCACGGCAAUGAUGUGGAGAAAACUAAUGUGCCAGACAUCAGAAUUAAUUACCGUCAUGAGACUUUGUGUACCGAACUUGAACUCGUUGAGCACUAUGCUAGGUUCAGAGAUGCCGCAGCCACAAAUUAA